AUGCAUCUUUUAAAUGCUGCUUGGAUUCUGAGAAUGGUUACCUCCUACAAUGGCAAUUCACUUGGGGCAGAGAUAGAAUUUGGGACUGUAUGGUGGUUUGUGUAUGCUGGGAUCUCGUGUUUCCUGGUAUUAUUUGCGGGAAUUAUGUCUGGAUUGACUUUGGGUUUGAUGUCUUUAAGCCUUGUUGAUCUUGAGAUUCUUCAGAGAAGCGGGACACCUUCGGAGAAGAAGCAAGCUGCUACUAUACUUCCAGUGGUUAAGAAGCAACACCAACUGCUUGUGACAUUGCUCCUGUGUAAUGCUGCUGCUAUGGAGGCCCUUCCAAUAUACCUGGAUAAGAUGUUCAAUCAAUAUGUUGCAAUCAUAUUGUCGGUGACUUUUGUUCUAGCAUUUGGAGAGGUUAUUCCUCAAGCAAUUUGCACUCGAUAUGGACUUGCUGUUGGUGCAAAUUUUAUUUGGCUUGUGCGCGUACUGAUGAUCAUCUGCUAUCCUAUUGCUUAUCCUAUUGGAAAGAUUCUAGAUUGUGUCUUAGGACAUAAUGAAGCACUGUUUAGGCGAGCUCAACUGAAAGCCCUCGUCUCUAUCCAUAGUCAGGAGGCUGGUAAAGGUGGUGAACUUACCCAUGAUGAAACAACAAUUAUUAGUGGAGCACUUGAUUUGACGGAGAAGACUGCUGAGGAGGCCAUGACACCGAUUGAGUCAACCUUUUCAUUGGAUGUCAACUCCAAAUUGGACUGGGAGGCGAUGGGAAAAAUUCUUGCUCGUGGUCAUAGCCGAGUUCCUGUGUACUCUGGAAACCCAAAAAAUAUCAUUGGACUUCUAUUGGUCAAGAGUCUUCUUACUGUUCGGCCUGAAACAGAAACUCCAGUUAGUGCUGUUUCUAUCCGAAGAAUUCCAAGGGUGCCAUCAGACAUGCCUCUAUAUGACAUAUUGAAUGAGUUUCAAAAAGGCAGCAGCCAUAUGGCUGCUGUGGUGAAAGCUAAAGGGAAAAACAGACAUCCAACAUCAACUGCAGAUGAUGAAAAUAAUGCCGCUGGUGACAGAAGUUCUCAAUUAACAACACCCCUGUUAUCCACGCAGCCUGAAAAUCCAGGAAGUGUUGUUGUUGACAUUGAAAAGCCUCGUAAACAUUCCUCAAAAAAUGUACUGACAUACGGUGAGGCAGUAUCAAAUGGUGUUUCCCACUCAUCAGAGGACAUUGAAGAGGGUGAAGUAAUCGGUAUUAUCACCUUGGAGGAUGUAUUUGAAGAACUGUUGCAGGAAGAAAUUGUAGAUGAGACUGAUGAAUUUGUUGAUGUACAUAAAAGGAUACGUGUGGCUGCUGCUGCUGCUGCGUCAUCAGUGGCACGUGCGCCAUCAAUCAGGAGGUUAACUGCGAAAGGAUCUGUCGCCCAACUUAAGCAAGGACAAACUCCAAGGAAAGCAGGCGAGGUUGAUUCAUCUUCAGCGAAACCACCAGGAAAUCUUGGAGAACCCCUUCUUGAGACAAAGAAAUGA